CUACCGCUAGACCCCACGGUCAGGCCGAUUGGGCUCAAGGCGAGGAGGGUCCCGUUCGCUUUAAAGCCAAAAAUAGAGGCCGAACUAGACCGCCUCACAGCCCAGGGAGUCCUGGAGCCCGUGGACUACGCCACCUGGGAGACCCCCAUCAUAACCCCUAUCAAGCCAAACGGGGAGGUGCGGAUCUGUGCAGAUUAUAAAUGCACGAUAAACAAGGCACUGCAGGAUAACCCCUACCCAGUGCCGGUGGUGAGCCACGUUCUGGCUGCCCUAGCGGGGUCCAAGAUCUUCGGGAAGCUGGACCUGGCACAGGCCUACCAACAGCUCCCGGUAGAUGCUAAGACGGCGGAAGCCCAAACUAUAGUGACACACAGGGGGGCCUUCCGGGUGAGGAGGCUUCAAUUAGGGGUUAGCAUCGCUCCCGGGAUCUUCCAGAGUAUAAUGGACGCUCUCCUGAAAGGGAUCCCCGGAGUCCAGCCGUUUUUUGAUAACGUGCUAGUCGCCGCCCCGGACCCCGAAGAAUUCGGCAACCGCCUAAGAGAGGUACUCCGCCGGUUCCAGGCAGCGGGGCUCAAAGUCAAGAGGGAGAAAUGCCUGCUGGGGGUCCCACGGGUGGAGUUCCUGGGGUUCGCCGUAGAUGCAGCGGGAAUCCACCCUACAGAAGAAAAGACCCGAGCCAUUGUGAAAGCGCCAGCCCCCACCUGCAAAGCGGAGCUACAAAGCUUCUUGGGGGUGCUUAACUUUUACCAUUCAUUUCUCCCCCACAAGGCGGCCCUAGAUGUUUUGGUGUCUAAUGCGGUGCUCCACCAUUUUGACGAGGGCCUCCCCGUCAUCCUGGCUUGCGAUGCGUCGCCAUACGGGGUGGGAGCAGUCCUGGGGCACCAACUCCCCGACGGGAGGGAGGUAUCGGUCGCAUACUACUCCCGCACACUGACACCAGCCGAGCGCAACUACGCGCAAAUAGACAAGGAGGCUCUGGCAAUCGUGGCAGGGGUCCGCAAGUUCCAUGAAUACCUGUAUGGUCGGAGGUUCACCAUAGCUACGGACCACAAGCCCCUCUUAGGUCUGCUGGCCCCCGACCGUCAAACCCCCCAAAUACUGUCGCAGCGCGUGUUGAGGUGGAACCAAUUCCUCAACUCCUACACUUACACACUGGUACACAGGGCCGGCAAGGCUAUGGGUCACGCGGACGCACUCAGCCGCUUGCCGCUUCCGGAAACGGGUCCAGACCCCGCCCCCGCACACCAGGUCAUGCUAAUGGAGAGCCUCCCGGAGCCGCCCCUACACGCAGCGGAGGUCGCCAAGGCCACCCAGAAACACAAGACACUAGCACGGGUGCUCGACUGGGUGGUGAGGGGCUGGCCGGAGGGGAACAUGGGGGAAGAAUUCAAGCCAUAUAAGACCAGGAGGGAGGAACUAGCAGCCCACAAGGGGUGCCUGUUAUGGGGAAGUAGGGUGGUGAUUCCGCCCCCGCUGCAAAAGCGUGUCCUAGAAUCCUUACAUGAGACCCAUCCCGGCAUAGUCCGAAUGAAGGCCUUGGCCAGAAGCUACGUCUGGUGGCCGGGGAUGGAUGGGGAGAUAGAGAACCCAGUUUACGCCCGGAAC